AUGGCUAGAGGAGGGGCCGGCGCCGAAAGGAUUCGUGCGGUGCUAAAGGGCAUGGGUGGCGACGAAAAACUUACAGAAACAACCGCCAGCGGAAUGGAAAACACCCCACGCCCAUACAGAAUGACACAUCGCUCCGUUAAAAGAGGAGCGCUGGCGCACGCAGCAGUCGCCGAGGUGGAGCACGACUUGGGCCCCCGCUUUCUGGCGCAGCUGGGAAAACACGCGGGCUCACCAGAGCCCCCUCGGGGCAGAGUGCGUUAUAUACNGGAAAACACCCCACGCCCAUACAGAAUGACACAUCGCUCCGUUAAAAGAGGAGCGCUGGCGCACGCAGCAGUCGCCGAGGCGGAGCACGACUUGGGCCCCCGCUUUCUGGCGCAGCUGGGAAAACACGCGGGCUCACCAGAGCCCCCUCGGGGCAGAGUGCGUUAUAUACGCCGUUUGGCCGUGACCGCCAAUAUGUCCGAGGAGUUGGCGCCGUGGGUGUGA